AUGAUCAAUCCCAACUCGGAUGUUGCUAGACGUGGUCAAGCACUCCAGCUCAACAUCACUGCUGCCAUCGGUCUGCAAGAUGUACUCAAGUCCAACUUGGGCCCUAGAGGUACCAUCAAAAUGCUGGUGGAUGGUGCAGGCGGUAUCAAACUCACCAAGGAUGGCAAGGUCUUGUUGAGUGAAAUGCAAAUUCAACAUCCUACUGCUGCCAUGAUUGCUAAAGCUGCUACUGCUCAAGAUGAAAUCACUGGCGAUGGUACUACUUCUAUCGUCUUGUUGGUCGGUGAACUGUUGAAGCAAGCCGAGCGUUAUAUCUCUGAAGGUCUUCAUCCUCGUGUCAUUACUGAAGGUUAUGAUCUCGCUAAAAAGGAAGCUCUCAAGUUUUUGGAAGACUUCAAGACAACCGACGCUGAAAUCGACCGUGAAUUGCUUGUAUCAGUCGCCCGCACAUCGCUUCGCACCAAGGUGCAUCGCGCUUUAGCCGACACGUUGACUGAAGCUGUUGUCGAUGCCGUGUUGGCUAUUCGCCGUGAAGGACAACCCAUUGAUCUCCACAUGGUUGAGAUUAUGAAGAUGCAGCAUCGCUCAGAAACCGAAUCCAAAUUGAUCCGUGGUCUCGUCAUGGAUCACGGUGCUCGUCACCCUGAUAUGCCCAAGAAGAUCAAGGACGCCUUUGUUUUGACUUUGAAUGUUAGUUUGGAAUACGAAAAGUCUGAAAUCAACUCUGGCUUCUUCUACUCUACCCCUGAACAGCGUGAUAAAUUGGUCGAAAGCGAACGUAAACAUGUCGACGACAAGGUGCGUCGCUUGGUUGAAUUCAAGAACGAAGUCUGCAGUGGUGAAAAUGCUGGCCGUGGAUUUGUUAUCAUCAACCAAAAGGGCAUUGAUCCCCUUUCGCUCGAUAUUCUGGCCAAGAACGGUAUUUUGGCUCUUCGCAGAGCCAAGAGAAGAAACAUGGAACGUCUUCAAUUGGUGUGUGGCGGUAUUGCUCAAAACUCUGUCGAUGAUUUGACUCCGGAGGUGCUCGGUUAUGCUGGCAAUGUGUACGAGCAAGUCUUGGGCGAAGAUAAAUAUACGUUUGUUGAGGAUGUCAAAGAUCCUUACAGUGUCACCAUUUUGAUCAAGGGCCCCAACCCUCAUACCAUUGCUCAAAUCAAUGACGCUGUGCGUGAUGGUCUCCGUGCUGUCAAGAAUGCCAUUGAAGAUAAAUCUGUUGUCGCUGGUGGCGGUGCUUUCGAAGUCGCCCUCUCUCAACAUUUAGUUCAAUAUAAAAAGGAGGUGAAGGGUCGUGCCAAGAUGGGUGUACAAGCAUUUGCUGACGCCAUGAUGGUUAUUCCCAAAGUGCUUGCACAAAACGCUGGCUUUGACGCACAAGAUGUCAUUGUCGCCUUACAAGACGAACACAUGGAUGGCCACAUUGUGGGUGUUGAUUUAAAGACGGGCGAGACUAUGGAUCCCAAGCUCGAAGGUGUUUGGAACAACUACCGCGUACAUCGCCAUAUGCUCCACUCAUGCUCUGUCAUUGCAAGCAAUCUCUUACUAGUCGAUGAAAUGAUGCGUGCCGGUAGAACUUCAUUAAAGGGACCUCAACUUGGAGAGUAA